AUUUCAUCCGACCUUCGUUGGUACGGAUUUCUUCCUCUUCUGCCCCUGGGUUAUUUGUUAACAUCAUUACAUCAUGCCUUUGUUUUGUUGUGUCCUAAAAAGUAAAAACGAACAAGUUGAAGAGAAAAUAUUAAAGUCCCACAUAGCUUUCCCUUCCCGGAUAGAGAUCACCAAUCAACUUAACUAAGCCAAUGGACUUUAUCAUCUUCCUCUUCACCCUCCUCAAAGUGCUCUUGAGCACUUCAGUGGUCGGAGACCCGGCGUGCCGGAAAACAUGUGGAUCCCUUCUGGUCAAGUACCCGUUCGGAACCGGCUGCGGCUGUGGCUCACCGCGUUUCUACCCCUACGUAACCUGCAACUCCGACCAGCUCCUCCUCACCACCCACACAGGCUCUUACCCCAUCACCUCCAUAUCCUACGCCACCUCCACCGUCACCAUCACCCCACCCUACAUGUCCACUUGCAACUCCAUGCAACAAUCCCCCAACUUGGGCCUUGACUGGGCCAGUCCAUUCCAGCUCGGACCAUCAAUCAUCAUCCUCCUCUCAUGCACGCCCCCCACCUCCUCCCUCAUCGUCAAGGGCUCCCCUGUCUGUGACCCUUCCUCCUCCAAUCUCUGCGCUUCCAUCUACACUUGCCCCUCCGUCGUCAGCCUCGAUCUCCCACUCUUCCCUCCCACCAACUCAUGCUGCGUGUACUCUCCUGCCAACUUCAACGCCCAAGGUGAGCUCGACCUCCGCCAGUUGAAGUGCGCAGGAUACACCUCCAUCGCGUCUCUUCAGGACUACCCGACCGACCCGAGCAAAUGGCAGUAUGGGGUGGCGUUGAAGUACACAAACGGUGCGUUUGAUGAUUAUUACAUCAACAACAAGUGCAACACCUGUGAAGCCAGCGGCGGUGUAUGUGGGUAUGCUCCUCGUGGAAAUUCCUUCAUCUGUGCCUGCAACGGCGGUUUUAAUUCAACAACGGAUUGCUAUAAUAACCAAAACCAGAUAAUUCAAGAUGAAGAUGAAUAUCCAGGUGUCAUUUGGAGCUCCACUUCUUUACCAACAUUGAAAAUUGUUGAGUUUGGGAGUUGUUAUUGCAUAGACUCAACCAUUCCGUUUACUGUGUCACGUGUCGUUGCAAGACGGACUCGGGGUGGGAUCUCAAAUGUCUAAGUUGAGAAUACUUCGUUGACAAAAAGCUUAAAGU